GGGGUUUGGGGGAGGAGAUCCGCUCACACACAAGAAGAGAGUGUUGAGCCGCCAUAUCUGCUGCUGCCGCCGCAGUUGCGAAUGCAGCAUCGGCGCUUAGCUGCUCCGCGGUGCCGCUAAGGUUCGUGUCGCUACCCCUUGGCCCUUCGCUCUUGCUGCCUUAACCCCGCCGGCGGAGCCCGCUCUUUCUGGCCUGUUGAGCCCGCUCCCUCACUGCCACACAGCAAGUUCUGAGACCAUGGAUUCGGGCAGCAGCAGCAGCGACUCGGCGCCCGAUUGCUGGGACCAGGUGGACAUGGAAGCCCUGGGGUCAGCCCCGAGCGGGGAUGGAGUCUCUUCUGCGGUGGCCGAGGCCCAGCGCGAGCCCCUCAGCUCGGCCUUCAGCCGUCAGCUCAACGUCAACGCCAAGCCCUUCGUGCCUAACGUACACGCCGCGGAGUUCGUGCCGUCCUUCCUGCGGGGCCCGACUCACCCGCCCACCCUCCCGGCCGGCUCCGGCAGCAACGAUGGAACCUGCACCGGCGCUGGAUACCCUCAAGGUAAAAGGAUGGGACGGGGGGCACCUGUGGAACCUUCCCGAGAGGAACCGUUAGUGUCGCUUGAAGGUUCCAAUUCAGCCGUUACCAUGGAACUUUCAGAACCUGUUGUAGAAAAUGGAGAGGUGGAAAUGGCCCUAGAAGAAUCCUGGGAGCACAGUAAAGAAGUAAGUGAAGCCGAGCCUGGGGGUGGUUCCUCGGGAGAUUCAGGGCCCCCAGAAGAAAGUGGCCAGGAAAUGAUGGAGGAAAAAGAGGAAAUAAGAAAAUCCAAAUCUGUGAUCGUACCCUCAGGUGCACCUAAGAAAGAACACGUAAAUGUAGUAUUCAUUGGCCAUGUAGACGCUGGCAAGUCAACCAUCGGAGGACAGAUAAUGUUUUUGACUGGAAUGGUUGACAAAAGAACACUGGAGAAAUAUGAAAGAGAAGCUAAGGAAAAAAACAGAGAAACCUGGUAUUUGUCCUGGGCCUUAGAUACAAAUCAGGAGGAACGAGACAAAGGUAAAACAGUCGAAGUGGGUCGUGCCUAUUUUGAAACAGAAAGGAAACAUUUCACAAUUUUAGAUGCCCCUGGCCACAAGAGUUUUGUCCCAAAUAUGAUUGGUGGUGCUUCUCAAGCUGAUUUGGCUGUGCUGGUCAUCUCUGCCAGGAAAGGAGAGUUUGAAACUGGAUUUGAAAAAGGUGGACAGACAAGAGAACAUGCGAUGUUGGCAAAAACGGCAGGGGUAAAACAUUUAAUAGUGCUUAUUAAUAAGAUGGAUGAUCCCACAGUAAAUUGGAGCAUCGAGAGAUAUGAAGAAUGUAAAGAAAAACUGGUACCCUUUUUGAAAAAAGUAGGCUUCAGUCCAAAAAAGGACAUUCACUUUAUGCCCUGCUCAGGACUGACCGGAGCAAAUAUUAAAGAGCAGUCAGAUUUCUGCCCUUGGUACACUGGAUUACCAUUUAUUCCGUAUUUGGAUAACUUGCCAAACUUCAACAGAUCAAUUGAUGGACCAAUAAGACUGCCAAUUGUGGAUAAGUACAAAGAUAUGGGCACUGUGGUCCUGGGAAAGCUGGAAUCUGGGUCCAUUUUUAAAGGCCAGCAGCUCGUGAUGAUGCCAAACAAGCACAAUGUAGAAGUUCUUGGAAUACUUUCUGAUGAUACUGAAACUGAUUUUGUAGCCCCAGGUGAAAACCUCAAAAUCAGACUGAAGGGAAUUGAAGAAGAAGAGAUUCUUCCAGGAUUCAUACUUUGUGAUCCCAGUAACCUCUGCCAUUCUGGACGCACGUUUGAUGUUCAGAUAGUGAUUAUUGAGCACAAAUCCAUCAUCUGCCCAGGUUAUAAUGCGGUGCUGCACAUUCAUACUUGUAUUGAGGAAGUUGAGAUAACAGCCUUAAUCUCCUUGGUAGACAAAAAAUCAGGAGAAAAAAGUAAGACACGACCCCGCUUCGUGAAACAAGAUCAAGUAUGCAUUGCUCGUUUAAGGACAGCAGGAACCAUCUGCCUGGAGACGUUCAAAGAUUUUCCUCAGAUGGGUCGUUUUACUUUAAGAGAUGAGGGUAAGACCAUUGCAAUUGGAAAAGUUCUGAAACUGGUCCCGGAGAAGGACUAAGCAAUUUUCUUGAUGCCUCUGCAAGAUACUGUGAGGAGAAUUGACAGCAAAAGUUCACCACCUACUCUUAUUUACUGCCCAUUGAUUGAGUUUUCUUCAUAUUUUGCAAAGAGAAAUUUCACAGUAAAAAUUCAUGUUUUGUCAGCUUUCUCAUGUUGAGAUCUGUUAUGUCACUGAUGAAUUUACCCUCAAGUUUCCUUCCUCUGUACCACUCUGCUUCCUUGGACAAUAUCAGUAAUAGCUUUGUAAGUGAUGUGGACGUAAUUGCCUAUAGUAAUGAAAAAUUAAUGUACUUUAAUUUUUCAUUUUCUUUUAGGAUAUUUAGACCACCCUCGUUCCACGCAUACCAGAGUGUGUCAGUGUUUGUGUGUAUGUUAAAAUGAUAACUAACAUGUGAAUAAAAUACUCCAUUUGAAACUC